AAACUAUAGGAAGUAUUAUUAUAAUAUUAUUUUUUCUUCUAAAAAUGGCUUAUGAAUGUAAAUCUCCAAAGCUUCAAACAAUGGGAACAGAGAUUUGAGGGGAUUUGAUUCCGAUCGGAGGAGUAUUUCACUUUCUUUCACUUUGUCGCCAGAAACAAACGCACCCGCAGACCUAGAGAGAGACCAUGAGGCCACAGCGGACGCCGAUCCACGCAGUGACGACAUGGGUUCGGAGACAACCGCCGAAGGUGAAGGCUUUCCUGGCCGUCGUCUCCGGGAUGGCGGCGCUGGUGCUGCUACGUGCUAUCGUACACGAUCACGACAACCUCUUCGUCGCCGCCGAAGCUGUUCACUCUAUUGGAAUCUCUGUCCUCAUCUAUAAGCUCAUGAAGGAAAAAACUUGUGCUGGACUCUCACUCAAAUCCCAAGAACUAACGGCUAUUUUCUUAGCUGUUAGGUUGUACUGCAGUUUUGUCAUGGAAUAUGAUAUACACACCUUGCUUGAUUUAGCUACAUUGGCAACAACUCUGUGGGUAAUUUUUAUGAUUCGUUUUAAAUUGAAGUCAAGUUACAUGGAGGACAAAGACAACUUUGCCUUGUAUUAUGUGGCGGUACCUUGUGUUCUAUUGGCUUUGGUAAUUCAUCCAUCGACGUCACAUCAUAUCAUCAACAGGAUUUUCUGGGCAUUCUGUGUAUAUUUGGAAGCUGUUUCUGUGCUACCCCAAUUGCGGGUCAUGCAAAACACAAAGAUUGUUGAACCAUUCACAGCUCAUUAUGUAUUCGCAUUGGGUGUUGCUAGGUUCUUGAGCUGCGCUCAUUGGGUUCUCCAGGUUUUGGACAGUCGUGGCCAUCUGCUAACGGCACUGGGUUAUGGAUUAUGGCCUUCUAUGGUUCUUAUCUCAGAAAUCGUUCAAACUUUCAUAUUAGCAGACUUCUGUUACUAUUACGUAAAAAGUGUUUUCGGAGGACAGCUUGUUUUACGUCUUCCUUCUGGAGUAGUGUAAUUGGUGAUCAAAUGAGCAUCCUGUCUUUAAAAAAAAAAAAAAAAAAAUACAAAACUUAAAUGUAGUGGAUGGUAUUCUUUAAGUUAUUUUUGCUUUCCACUGGGGUCAUACAACUCACUGGUUCUUCUCUGUAGUCAUGACUGGAAAUCAAGUGGAUUGUUUGUAAAGUUGGCUAUGCUGCAACUCUGAUGGAUAUAUAAAUCAAAACUUGAUUUUACCAGAAA